GAACGCUAAGGGCAGGGAGUGCAGGAGGGGAGGCCCCAGCAGUCUCUGCAGCUUCGGGACCAGAUCCUGCUAUGGCCUCGCUCGUAAAGAAAAUAAUCAGCACUACUAAGGCCCCUGCACUGGGUCCCUACAGCCAAGCCGUGCUGGUGGACCGGACAAUGUACAUUGCAGGGCAGAUCGGGCUGGAGCCUUCCACUGGGCAGCUUGUCUCUGGAGGGGCAAAGGAGGAAGCCAAGCAGGCUCUAAAAAACAUGGGAGAGAUCCUGAAAGCUGCAGGCUGUGACUAUGGCAAUGUUGUGAAGACUACAGUUUUGAUGGCAGACAUGAAGGACUACAAUGAUAUUAAUGAUGUUUACAAACAAUUUUUCAAAGCAAACUUCCCAGCCAGAGCAGCCUAUCAAGUUGCUGCUUUGCCCAGAGGGGCCAGAGUUGAGAUUGAAGCUAUUGCCAUUCAGGGACCUCUCCAAGAUGCUUCAGCAUGACUAUAAGUAGAGACUGGAUAUCUUACAAUGGCAGUUUUAGAUUGAGUUAAUACUUCUCCCUUAUAUCCAAUUCCUACAGCUGACUAACAGCAGUUACACACAGCUGAAAUCAGUAAACUUACUGAGGAAAGGUGCUUUCUUCAGGACUUAGAGUGAGUUCUCUACUGGCAAACCCUGAAAAGUGCCUGAGUCCUGCUAAAAUCAGCUGAGCCAGAUUGCAGGACAGGACCUGCCCCUUGUGGAGGUGACUGGAUAUUCAGGUAUUAAGGUACAUACCUGGGUGAAUGUAUUAGAGUUACACUAUGGGUGAUCUGAACAUGGAAAGCUAUACUGAUUUGUAAUUGUAGAUAUUUAGUAAAAAAAUUUAAAUUAAAAAAAUGACAGAAAUGAGAAAACAGAACACAUGAAUU